AAAAUUAUCAAAGUAGCUCAGCACACUGAAAAGGUUGGCGACAACUAGUGUAAGCGAAGCUUAACAGACGCGAAUGCAUUUGUGGCUGCCUACAAUUUUUAUACACAAAUGUCAAAUACUUUAAAUUCCGACUUUAAAAAUUAUUUAUGAGCAUGAAUAGUACAGGAAGAUAAUUAAAAUUCAUGUGUGUACAGCACCUGCGCUGCAACUGAAACGAGUCAAUAGAAAGGAAUGCAAUCAAUUUUGUAGCCAGCGGCUAUAUUCAAUCUUGAGCCUUAUGUAAACGCGCAUUAAAGAUUCUUUAAAUAGGCCCUGCAGCGGUAUAUUUACCUACUUCCAAGAUCGGCAUUCGUCGAGAACAUUUUUACUACUUUUGCGAUGUACGUUUUGUCGAAAAGGCACAAACUACCUUAGGAAAUGUGUUCAUAGAUAUCCUGUGUUGUGCGACAUAUAAAAAUGCCCGACAGUGUGGAAAUCUGCCUGAAAAAGGUACUGAAGGGAUUGCCUUUAGAUGUAGAGGAGGCAGAGAUAUGUGACUUCACGUUGGAGGAUCAAAAUGAGGCACUGGAGGCUCAGGGUAUUCAGCCCACUGUGGACCCCACAUAUAAACCUGUGGUUGGAGAGACAGUCAGCUAUAUUGUCGCAUGUGUGAUUCUGAAUGAGCAAAAUGAGGUUUUGAUGAUGCAAGAAGCCAAACAGACCUGUGCUGGAAAGUGGUAUCUGCCAGCAGGUCGCAUGGAAAAAAAUGAAAACAUAGUAACAGCCUGUGAAAGAGAAGUGAUAGAAGAAACUGGAUUGAAAGUACAGUGCACCACCCUCUUGAUGGUAGAAACAGCAAUUGGUUCUUGGAUGAGGUUUGUGCUGACUGGAAAAGUGACAGGAGGCAGACUUAAGACACCAGCUGAUGCUGAUAAGGAAUCCUUACAGGCAAAGUGGGUGGGCAAUUUGGAUGAGUUGGAACUUAGAGCUGGGGAUAUCAUGCACUUGAUUGAAAAGGCUAGAACCUAUAAGCAUGCCCGCAGCCUCAGUGACAAUACCUGGUUCGAAGAUCAGUUGCCAGCAUGCCGACCAUACUCCAGACAGCUGUUGAGGCUAGUGAUCGUAAUAAAGAAGAAAGCAACCAACAGAAUUCACAUUCUGCUAGGGGAGAAAACAGCAUGGCACUUACCUUCCUGCGAAAUUCAUCCUGCCAAGAGCCUUCACUCUACUCUAAGGCGGUUCAUGAUCGACUUGUUUGGCGCUGAGGUACCGCCUCAUAGACCUUGUGGUAUUCUAUCUGUGGAACAUGACGCUUCAACUGGUAAAGAUGGCGUGUGCCUUACCUUACUAGUAGCUUUCCGCGUUCCCCUAGAAGAGGUACCAAUUAUCGGAAAAUGCGUCUGGCACGAAAUCACUAAAGGACUUGGAGAUAAGCUGUUGCAAAGAGUAUCUUUGAAAAACAGCACUAUUCCUCUUCAUGUUGUCAGGUAAACUGUCUAUUGCAUUCAUACAUUCAAUUGCAGAUUUGUGUGUAGGACUAUUGCAUACAUAAAAUGAAAUAUAUUGAGCUUUUAUUUUUGACCUCACAUAAUACAUGGUAAUAUUCAGGAUUUCCUACCAAGCAUAUCCACUGUAUUUUUAGCUAGUCAACUGAAUGGUAUGUGUUCUAUUGUUUGAUGUUCUCUAAUGGAAAUUUAUACAUUCCAGAAGUGCAGUAUUUAAUGUAAAAUUUUGUAUAAAUUAUAUUUAAUGUUACAUGAAUAUUUGUAUCUAUGUACCUUGUGUUAUAUGUACAAUAUUGAAGAGCUAUAUACAAUGUUACUUUUAGAUUUAGAUGAUUCGCUUCAACGCCACGUAAAAUUUUUUUGCAAUGAAAUGUGUAAUAAUUAUUUUAUAAAACAUCAACGGAUUCCAUGGUUGUUUGGCCGCUGAAUAUGAAGUACUAUUUGAUUUCUUAAAUACAAUUAAUUUUAUCUGGAAUUUACGAUUUAGUGGCAUGUUGGUUAAAAAUCUAUAUGUGUAUACUAUUUAUUGUAAGAGGUAGGGAAAUUUGUAUAUAAUAUUAAUAAAAAUAUGCUAUUCAGAA